UGUCCAUGGAAUGGGGAAACUGUAAAUUUCAGAGAAAAUUAUGUUCCCUGAAGCGUGAAGGAGAAGGAGCAGUGAAGAGCUGAAGGAGGGAAGUUGGGUUACUCUCUGAGGGGACUGGCUGCAAGGCAGCUACAGAUGUGAGGAAUAUGCCUUGGCUUGUGCAAGAACUUCAUGGGACUAAGCUAUUUUCCAGAUGAGCUAGUGAUAAAAAGUGGAGGGACUUGAGGAAUUCCCAGCAGAGGAACAUUGCAAGAGAGAAAUGGAAGCAGAAGAGGCUGACCUGAGGAUGUUGAAAAUACAGCAUAAUCACCAUCUCUCACUUCAGAAAAGCUGCAGGCUUCUGAGUUGGGUGCUGUGUGGUCUUGAUGAUGAGGAAGAAACAUCAAAUACUGCAUAGAAGAUGCUGCUGCUGCUCUGACUGCCAAAAGUUGCUGAUUCCUUCUGCUAAAGAUGGCUCAGAAACGGGCAGUUCUGGCUGUGCUCCUCUUCUUGCCAAUCAAUCUGGUUGAAGCCCUCAACAGGCUGAGUGUAGAGGCUGGCCAUGAAGCUGUGCUGAAUUGCCCCAACAUCUCCAAGGUGCAUUUUCUGAUGGUGACGUGGAAGAGGAGUUGCAGCAGUUGCUGCCUGUUGUCCUACAGAAGUGAUCAGAACAAGAUGAGCAGGAAGAACUGCAGUGAGAGGAUCAUGUGGGAAUAUUCACCUGACAGUGACCCUGCACUUCGUAUUUACCCUGUGAACCUUGAGGAUGAGGGAAAUUACAUCUGUGAAACUGUCAACAGUGAAGGCACUUUUCGUUUUUUCUCUUCUCUGACUGUGAUAGUCCCUCCUAUAGUGACUCUGACCCAUGUCAAGAGCAGGGUGGCUGUCUGUCAGGCAUCUGCAGGGAAGCCAGCUGCUGACAUCUCCUGGAUCCCUGCAAGCAAUCACAGCUCUGAGGAAGAAUUCCAUCACCCCAAUGGAACAGUCACCAGAGUGAGCUACUUUGGCUGGACCAGCAGCUCAUUUCCCUCUGUCACCUGCCUGGUGACUCACCCAGCCAUGAACCAGACUCUGGUCAUGGACCUGAGAUACACUUCCCACAGGCUUCUCUACAUCCUGUUAGGAGCAGCUGCAGGUGUCAGUGCUGUCACUGGUGUCACUUUAUGCUUGAUUUUCAGGUGCAGAGCUUGCUGGUUGUGUAAAUGGACACAGCAGAGCACGACAAUUAAAACCUACCACUUCCCACCUUCACGUGUGAGAAGAGAAGCAGUCCAGCCUCCUCAAUGUCCAGAGAGAAUCUAUGAGAAUUACAGCCCAAGAUCUGUUUAUGUGUGCUUAUAACAGUGUAGGCACAAGUAGCCAGCUCAGCUACCAAUGAUACUCAGCUACUUGAAAUUGUAUUUCAACUCUGAAGCCUCAGAACUUACCCACAAAAGCCUUUUUCUUUCCUGACCUGACAGUGGUGGGGCACAAAGGACCGUUUAGGAUGGUGAUUUCACCACUUCCCCGGGCAGCCUGUUACAAUGCCUGCUAGCUUCUCAGUGAAGAAAAUGUUCUGAAUAUUUAAUACACUCUGCAGCACCUGUGAGGAAAAGGAGUGAGAAAAGUGU